AUGAAAAUUCUUCGCGAAGAUCAACCAGAUAAUACUGACGACGACCUUCUUUGGUUCAAAUCAAUAUUACCUUACAUGAAACAGAUGCCAUCACUCAACAAAUUACAUUUUAUAACGCAGAUGCAGGAGGUUCUUCUAAUGGAGCUGUCAAAGUUAAACCCACCACAAUCCAGUGCUCAACAACCUGGCUAUUACACAUCUUUGUGA